AUUUAAACCACGUGCUGUGAUAAUGGCGGGCGAUGGAGUAGAGGCUCUUUACAGGAAUUAUGGCAUCUUGGCAGACGCUGGGGAUAAAGCUGGAGAACAAACAGAAGCUUUUUUGGGUUUACUGGAAAGUGCCAAAGGCUCCGCGGCAGUGAAGCGACUUGUGUCCGGUUUUAUUGCUAAAUUUGCUCGUUUUUUCCCAACACUUGAAGGAGACAUCAUGAAUGUUCUCUUUGAUCUUGUGGAAGAUGACGAAUCCCUGGUAAGGCAAGCUGCGAUUAAGUCUUUACCAGAAUUAUGUAAAAAUAAUAAAAGUAAUAAAGACCUGUGUACUAAAGUAGCUGAUGUUCUCACACAAUUACUAGUAUCAGAUGAUCCAGCUGAUGUAAUAUUAGUUAAAUCAGCAAUGUCAACCAUAUUGAUUCAUGACACACCCAGUGCAUUAAUUGGAAUAUUUGAUCAGAUAUUAGGAGAAGAUGAAACCCUGAGAGAGAAAGCCAUUGAGUAUGUGUCAGUCCCUCUAAUGGACAUGAGGCACGUUCUCUUCAUACCCAAAGAAGAAAAUGAAAAAUGUCUACUUGAACUUGUUAAAAAGGUACUUGGUGAUGUGACAGCCGCAGAGUUUGAGACGUUUGUAGAUGUUUUAGGUAAAUUACAUCAUUUACAAUCGCCCGAAGGUGCUAACGUUAUUAUUGACGUUAUUGCCGAACAGGCCGAGCUUGACGGUAACUUUCAGUCUGAAGGGCCGGAAGCUAUCGAUAGAUUUAUCACUUGUUUUAGAUUAGCACUCAAAUAUUGUAAGAAAGGUGGUAGCUCAUAUCAAUUUGUUAGAUAUGCAUCAGUGGAAAUAUUACCAUCAUUUGCUUCCAUAACUGACGCACAAAAGCAACAAAACGUGUUACAAUUGCUGGCCGAAGGUUCCUGCUAUGUACAACCUGAGAAUGAUGUAGAAAUAUGUCUGGAAUCACUCCAUCUCUUCCUAUUGGAACACGUUCCUUCUCCUCCGGAAGAGACUGCAACUGAGUCUCCAAAAUUGCAGUUUUCUGUUGUUGAAUGUUUGCUGUUUGCUUUUCACCAAUUAGUCAAUAAAAGUCCUGGGUUUUUAGCUUCACCAGAAAAUGAAGAGAGACUCAAGGAGCUCCGUAAACGUUUGCAAUAUUUCGCUCGAGGUUCACAGACCUAUCAUAAUCAGCUACAGGUUGCCUUAAAAGGAAAAACACAACUUGAACUAAAAGAGGAACAGAACAAGUUACGUCAGAUGGCUCUAAAGAUGACAGCAAACAUUAGUACAUUAAUUAAAGAUUUCUUUCGUAACCCGCCCACGUACAAUGCAACAGUGCAACUAUCUUGGGGAGCAAAGAAAAUUGAUUUGGGUACAAAGAGGUCUUUGGCCACUCCCCUUCCGUCAUCAAAUCCGUCAAAAAGGAAACUCUCUCCGAUAAGAUUUGAUGAAGAUAAAUCCUCGGGUGGUGCCUCUGGGGGCGCUGCAAAGCAAAGAGGAGGGAGGAGAGAAGCAAGAGCUAUUUAUAAUCCACCGAGACGCCAACCAGUGACUAACGGGAAUUCUUUUGACGAGGGUUCUUGGAAAACGGGCGGAGGAGGAGGAGGGAGAGGGGGUAGAAGGGGAGGGUGGAGAAGUGGGCGUGGUUUUAGAAGAGGGAGGGGCACAUGGAGAAACUAUUAACAUUUUAAUCUGUCUAUUUCUCCUCCAUUCACUAUUAUUGUUAUUAUUAUUUUUGUUAAAAUUAAUGUACAUGUACAUGUACAUAUUACACUAAGAAAUUUAACCUGUUAAUGCAGUACAUUACAUGCAUAUUAUACAUGUACAUGCUCAAAACAUUGUUUUAUGGAAAUAAUUGAUUCAAAAAAAAUUAGAAAAAA